AUGGAGCGUCCAAGGCGUGUGGAGGUGGUGGUCCAGGAGGGCUCUGAGGCUGUGAUGCCCUGUACUGCCCCCUCCGCGGCAUCACAAUCCUGGGGACACUCGCACCACUAUGCCCACUCCUUCCAGUGGACCAAGAGCACAGGAGAUCAAAGCACGGGGCGCACGCUAUGCCGGCGUGAGAAGAGUGGCUUGAUGUACCGCCGUGCCGGCAGCGCCGGCCUCAGCAAGCACAUCAACUGCGGCGUCGACUACAGUCUGCGCUUGAGAAACGUCAGAGAGGCAGAUGCUGGCGAGUACGCUUGCACCCUGGCGGGCCAAGACAAGACCAUCAUCACGCUCAGGGUCAUGCGAGUGUCCUUCUCCAAGCCUGAGGUGACUGAAGGUGAAUAUCUGACUGUCCAUUGUCACAUCACUCCCAGACCACCACGUUCGGCGAAGGUUAGCUGGAAGCUGAACGGCGAGGAUUAUGCCACGUGGUCCAGCUACCCUAAAGAGGCCAUAGUCACCAAGGUGUCCCAGAGUCACCGUGGCAACUGGACUUGCCUUUUUCAAACCACUUCAAAAUUUUCCAUAGCAGAGCAGGUCCUCAAAGUGAAAGGUAUAGAGAGCCCACUAGUGGACGGUGCCCUGGUCUACGCCGGCGUGGGCUCCAGCGCUACCCUCCCCUGUGUCUUCACCCAGGGCAUGGCACCCAACGUCACCUGGACAAAGUUCUCCAAUCAAAGCCUCUCCUCCUUCUCUUCUCCUUCAAGCAGCCCUUCAUCCCCCUCUCUCCCCCGCUCCUUCGUUCCUCAGUCACUAUCCUCCUCCUCCAUCCCUCCGUGGGACAGGUCAUGGAGGCUGGAGGGGGUGGAGGUUGGGGAUGCGGGGAGCUACAGGUGCUCUGGAGCAGUGGGGAGGCUGGGGAGACUGGUGGAGAGGAAAAUGGAGCUGGUCACCGCUCAAGUUUUGAGUUCACUGCCGUCCAAAAAGAGCUCCGGCCUGACUCUGACAUGCCAGCUGAGCAACGACAGAGAGGUGACCAUUUACGAGUGGCUGCGGGUCAACUAUGACAACGCCUCUGUUGCUACGAUAACCUCUUUGGGAGAGGGGAGGACCCUGAAGCUCCCCGUGGUGACCACAGAUGACAUUGGCGAGUGGGUCUGCCGUUACCAUGGGAGGAAUGGGCCUCUGGGCAAUGUCACAUACCAUCUACAGCUGAUGGGUGGUCUGGAGGCUGGUGAGGUGGAGGGUCAGAGUCCCACUAGCAGAGCCCUGGUCAUCGGACUCAGCCUGCUGCUGAUGCUGGUGCUGCUCAUCGCCCUCCAGAUGUACCGCAACCACCGCAGGAGGCAGAUGACCCUGCCCUACCCGGCGAUGGAGAACAUCAUUCACUCCAUGGCCAACCAACGAGAGGAGAAAGACAGACGUCAGAUGAACAAGAAGAAGAACACUGGGCCACUGGAGGAGGAGGAGGUCUAAUGCAGAUUACAUGAUGACACAAGGAAGAAAUGACAGCGGACUCCAUUCCGUUGGGGCCCAAAGUCAAGUGCAUUGCCAAUACUACUGAAGUUUAUGAAUAUACCGUAUAUGCUGUAUACUAUAUGCAGGGCUGGAUUAGUCAUCUGGCAUACAGGGUAUUUUCCAGGUGGGCCUAGAGUUGAAACUGUUUUUUUCCCCCUGUUUCCCUUCGAGACUAGCUCCCAAUUUGCCUAUUGUGUGGUCUCAGUCCAGUAAUGUAUAUGGGUCAAAGAUGUUUAAUUGGACUCAACGACAUGUAAUGCCCAUAAAUUAAUAAGUGAUUGGUGGUUGAUAUGCUGCAAUUAAUAGGUUUCUUAGAUAGCCCACUAAAAACAAACAAACAAACAACAAUUCAUACAAUACUGGCACUGGCUGUCGUUGCACUGCCCUAACGUGUGCUACUGCUGAAAUGUCACUGAUCCCUUACAUUUGAGCCUUUUGUACCUUUAUUAGACAGGACAGUAGAGAAGACAAGACAUGGUCAGCAGUGGAAUUGGGAGGGGGGGGAGGGGGUUAGAAUCAAACCUGGGUCCCCAUGGUCAAUAUACCCAUAUAUGGUAUGGCAUAUUAGCGCAGGGCACCACUGUGCCUACUUUUAGCUUUCAGCUUUCCGUGGUACUUUUGACAUGGGGCCCCCAAGCAGUCCUUUUGAUAUAGGGCCCCCGAGCAGUCUCUUUGUGAAUGACAAUGUCACAGCACAUUUAUCUACUGCUUAGCCAUUCAGCGUGUCUCUGUAAAUGUACCUACAGUAUGUAUGAACAGGUGAGGUGAGGUGUG